UCCCACAAGGCGGCUACGCUAUGCGUCAUUGCGCUUACGUGAAGUCGUCACGACUCCAGUCUCGCGUGAUGAGAUUUGUGGCGUCGGGAGUUUUUUGAAACACAAGCGCGAAGGAGAUUGCAAUUAACAGCUUUGCGGGACUUUUUAUAUGCAUGCUGUGUUCAUUUUAACAUGGCUUUACAAACAAGUGCAUCACUUGCUACCCUACAGACCGUAAAGGAUCGAAUGCGAGAAAAGAUACAUGGAUCCUUGAAAACUGUAAAACUGAAUACUACACUUGCAGCAAAAAUUAAAACCAAAACUUUAAAUAACUCCUCUAUUCUAAAGAUCUCAUUGAAGCACAACAAUAAAGUUUUGGCCUGUGCACUAACUGCUGAAAGAGAGAAAGCAAGGAGACUGGAGAAUGAUAAAAUGUUUUUACAGAAAGAAGUGAAGAUGCUACAUUUCCAAAAUGCUCUGCUCAGGCAAAACCUAAGCCUUUUGAACAAAAUGCUAAAGGACAUUGAUAUUUUCAUGAACAUCAACUUGCCUGCUGCUAUUGAAAUCAGCAACAUAGAGAAUUCAACAGAUCUUUCAACUUUAGAAUCGAGAAAGAGUGAACGGUUUAGCAACCAUAGUGUGUUUUCUUUGGAUGAUGAUCAGGGUUUUAGGAUGACAGGAAUGGCUUUAAGGGUUCCUUCUAGCUCCAUAGGUGACAGAAGAACCAUUAUACCAGCAGAUCCAGUGGUUGAAGCACCAACAGAGAAUUCUAUUCUCCCAAACUCCAGUUCUUUGAGAGAGCGAUCACUCCAUAAGCCAAUACCUGACAAUUUAAAUGUACCUUCAAAAGAAAGCCUUGGGACAUCUAAUGAAAUUAAAAAUGACAUUCCAAACAUACAAAACAUGGAAUUGGUUCCCUGUGAGGAAUUUAGAGUAUCGGAUGUUCUUAAUUCAGACAUUUGUGGAUUUGUUACAAAGAGGAAGAAACGAUCAACGGCAUCUCACUCAAGUACACAAUCUAUUAAAUCUGACUUAAACCAGUAUAAGUACUCAAGGCAAGAAAGCAGCAAUAGGGUUCACUGUGAGCAGACCACUGAUAGUAGCAUUGCAACCAAUGCAAAUUAUGAAACUCCAGCAGUUUCUGAAUAUGACUCCCAAACUGAUGGAUAUGAGAGGCAAGCAAUUAAACGAGCAACCAUGUCCUUUGAAAGCCCUUCAAACCCAAAAAUAAAUUCUGGCCAAAGUGAAGGUAGCUCAGAUUUUGUUAUUGAGCAGCAUGGUGAAGCUAUUGAUCCAUUAGCUGCUGACCCCAUCCAUUCUGCAAUAGUUACUGAGCAUACAGCUGAAGACAAAAAUGUUCGACAAGAGAAAACUCUUUAUGAUGCUGAUAUGGAGCUAACCUGCAGUGACUCUGCUACUAUAAUCACAGUUUCCUCAGUAAGCAAAACAGAGAAGAAAUCUAAAUCUUGUAUUCCUAUUAAACAAGAUGGGUCUUCAUUAAGAAAAGUAAAACAUGCCAGACGUGAAAAGACACACAAAAGUAAAAUAAAAGAAGUAUCCUCUAUUGAUAACAAACCGUUUAAGGGUAAACAAAAUGAAACAUUUGAUUUAGAGCAUAAUCAUCAGGAUUCUGAACACAAAUCUAAUAACAUUCAGCAAGAUGAUGAUAUGCUGUCUAAGAUUAGCACAAACUUCGCCCUUAUUCCACAGUCUACAGUCGACUUUCGAAAAACGUAUGUUUUAACACAGCCUAUUAAGCAAGAGGAGGCUGAAAUCAAAUGUGAUACUGAAAUUAAAGGGAAACAGGUUCUGAAACAUCCGUAUGAAGAAAAGAGAGCAACUUCUACAAACUGUAUUUUGGAUCAGGAACCUUCAAACAAUAUGCAAAUCUUGCAUGUUGAACAUACAGAAGUCCCUCUUCCCAAAGAAAAUGAGCAAUUCAAGGAAAUAAAGUGUGAGUCAGCACAUGCUUUCAUUAAACCGGGUCAAGUUAAAAGCAGUGGUACAACUGCAAAGAUUAGUGAGAUCUCCAAAAAGAAACAUACCAAGACUGGCAAAAUAAAAACAAAACAGCAGGAAAUAUGUUUAGAGAUGAAAAAAACAGAAAUAAAUACAAAUGCUGAUGAGAAGGUUAAUCUCAAGAAAACUGUGGACGUUUCAAGCAGUUUCCUUAACAUGGCGUGCAGCCAAGCACACAUUCGACGAGAAACUUAUUUUGUGAACACCUCUGAAGCCACCGGAUUAACUUCUGCAGUGGAGUUUGUUCCUAAAGAUGUAGCGCAUUACAGAAGGGGAACAUAUGUGAUAAACAAACCAGAGGACAUGGCAAAUUUUCAGACAGGGGCUUCUGUUCAACCUCUUGGUUCUCUGGAAUCUCCAACUACCAUGGACUUGUUUCAGAGCAAUAAAAGUAAUAGCUUUGAUAAUGUACACAAGACAAAGCCAAAAAAUCCAAAUCUGGAAAUUGCCUUAGAUGCACCAAAUAUUAAAGGCCAUAAAAGGAUGUUGGAUAAUGUGACCUGUAAACCUGUAAUUGAGGACAAUACCUUAUAUUCUUUAAGUUCCAUUUCUCCUGCAGACAAACGGAAAACCCAUAUCUUACCUGCAAAGGAAGAUGUUGGUCAUAAGCAAGGUACACUGGUCCAGGAAAGCUUGAUAGAUUUGCCAGUUACUCAGCCAUGUAAAAAGACUAGAUUUUUUAGUGGAAUUUUGAGAAAUGAUCAAGAUUCUUUUAUGCUUGACAUGGUUAGUGAAUCUAUUCUCGAUUCAGUGGUGGAAAGUAAUAGUUUUUUUGAAUUCCCAUCUGCCAGCAACACAGAGGAUGCUACGUUUACUAUAGAAAAAACUUUGAACAAUAACCCUGAUUUGGAACUUCCAACUUUUGAGGAGUGCAACCCCAAAUGGAUGGCUCAACCUCCUGGGAACUUUAGUGUUUAUAAUGAGAAACAGCAACAAAAUUGUGAAGAACAACAUAGUGAGCUACAGUGUGAAGAUCAAGAUCAAAGUAUUGAGGAACAAGAAACAGCUGUGAAGCCUUUGCAAGAUCUGACAAAUUCAACUCUUGGUUCCUUAAAACAAUCUCCAAAGUUCUGCUCCGGAGAGGAUGAUGAUUCAAGAGCUUCUAGCAGGAGAAAACGAAACCCAGUUAACUACAAAGAGCCAAGCCUAGGAACCAAACUGAGGCGUGGGGACACCAACACUAGUACAGAAUUCUUGCAUUCACCUGUUCAUAAGGAAAAGAAGAGACCACGGAAGAUAAAAGUGAAGUCGGAGAAAUGUUGAACAGAAAUCCUCUAAAACCAGUGGCGUGCAUACGUAUUAUAUGCGAAAGUAUUAUUUAUGUAUUGUAAUAUAGUAAAAUGAUGCUUGAAUAUACAUUAUAUAUACAUAUAUACAUCCUGCUUUUUACCCUGUGACCUACUUUUUGUUUUUUAUCCUGUUUAGUUUAGCUAAGGGUUAUAGUGCACACAUUAGCAGCAGCUGAACAUAGACUCACCCAGAUUUCCUUCACAAAUUGUCCUAGAGGCACUGUACAGGAUUCUGUGUGCUCAAAACCAUGCAGGACUCCUCAGUUGCACAAAUCCAGAACUAAAAAUUGAAAUGGCACACCCCCAUAAAGUUAAACCAUUAAAAAUAGGUGGCACCUAACGCCUAGGAUUAAGGGGUGUUCCCGAAACGCGUUAGGUGUCCAUUACACUAGCCACCUGUUUUUUAAUGGUGUAAUAAACAGCAGUUUUACUUUGAGGCGGUAUGCCUUUUAAAGUUUUUAGUUCCUUAUUGUACACACAGCAUUUUAGCCAUGGUCAAGAAGACAACUGUUAUGUUGAAUUCCCAUAGGAAGUGGAAUAAGUAUAUUUAAAGGAACACUAACAUCAAAAAAUUAAAGUAAUAAAAAUAUAAUGCAGUGUUGCCCUGCGCUGGUAAAACUGCUGUUUUCUUCAUUAACACUACUAUUGUUUAUAUAAAUAAUCUACUGUGUAACCAUGGGGGCAGCUAUUCAAAGGAGAAAAGGCUCAAGUUACACAUCAGAUAAGCUCUGUAGAACAGAAUGGUGUUAUCUGUUAUCCACUAUUUAACCACCGUUGCCACACAGGAGCUUGUUUAUAUGAACUAUAGUAGUGUUUCUGAAGCAAGCUGGUCCGUUUUACCAGUGCAGGGCAACAGUACAUGAUAUUUUUAUUACUUUAAAACACUUUCAUUUUUUGGUUACUGUUCCUUUAAAUAGGCAACAGGAAUAAAGGAGCAUUUGCAUGUUUUUGAGGGCUGAGAGUAAUACUUUACCAUUGCUGGGAAGUGAUUUUAGCAACUGGCAAUGCUACCCUGUGGAAAUUACUCAGAUUUACUCCAAAAAUAAUAAAAUGCUGUUUGGGUAGCUCAAACUGCCGAAGAGACACAGGCAAUGCUGUAUUUCAGACUGUUCAAGAUUUGGAUGUCCAUUUUUUUUUUUAAAUGGGAUUUGUGACAUGUACAAAAUGCUGUGACAUGUACCUAAGUACUGUGCUAUUGCUUUCAGUUGUAGCAUAACUUCUGUUAGUCACAUCUGCAUCAAGCAUUCAUUUAAUGCCAAUACUCAAUCCUUAAUAUAUUUAACACUUGUAUAUAUUUUUUCCUGUAUUUCAGUUUUUUAAAUAAAGUUUUUCAUAAAAUAUUA